UAAUAAAUAUCUAAAGUGAACAACCAUGGCCUCACAUUCUCGGCGCGCGCGGGGGGUGGAUAUACUGCAACUAGUCUCACCAUUUCAGGUAUCAAUCUCUCUGAAAGAGCUCGAGCUCGUUGGACUCCAGAUUCGUUUCAUAUUGCUUGGAUUUGUUCCCAGCAAGCUUGCCUUCUGAGUAAAGACUAACGAAUACGAAAGAAAGAUCAUGUCUGGUUUGAUUGAAGGACUACCUGAUGCAAUUUCCAUAAGAUGUCUUGCUUUUGUUCCAUAUUAUCUCCACCCCAAGUUGGAACUCGUUUCUCGCUCUUGGAAAGCAGCUAUUCGUAGCACCGAACUGUUUAGAGCUCGACAGGAAGUUGGUUCGUCCGAGGAUUUACUAUGUGUGUGUUCUUAUGAUCCAAAUAAUACAUGGCAGCUUUAUGACCCUCUUCAGAACCUUUGGAUGACCCUCCCUGAACUUCCAUCUAAAAUAACGCACCUUGCGAAUUUUGGCGUUGUCUCCACUUCUCAAAAGCUGUUUGUUCUCGGUGGCCGUGGUGAUGCUGUUGAUCCAGUGACCGGUGACCGUGAGGACAACUCUUCAACCAACGAGGUCUGGUCGUUUGACCCUGUAACUCGAACAUGGUCCAUGCGAGCACCAAUGCUCGUGCCACGUUAUACGUUUGCCUGCUGUGUUGUGGAUGGGAAAAUUGUAGUAGCAGGUGGCUUCACCAGCUUAUCAAAAUCAACUUCUCAGGCAGAAAUGUAUGACAACGAGAAGGAUGUUUGGAUUCCAUUACCUGAUCUACUUCACACCCAUGAUUCAACCUGCAUUGGCUUGAUGAUUGGAGGAAAAAUGCACGUUAUGUACGGGGGGGUCUCCACGGUGCAAGUUUUUGACAGUUUGGAGCUGAAAUGGAGAGUUGAGGAUUACGGCUGGCUUCCCGGCCACAAGGCUGUGGUUGGAGGUUCACUCUACACCAUGAGCCAAGGACUUGUCUUCAAGCAGGAGGAACGAGACGCGCAGGCUGUUGUUUCCGCGUCUCAGUUUGUCCAAAGGAUCGGUAUGGCAAUAGUCGGGUUUAGAGGUGAAUUGUAUGUAAUUGGAGGCGUAGUUCGCCCCGAACGCUUCGAUGGUGACCUUGUAAAACUAUCUGACGUCCAUGUUCUUAAGGUGAGGAAUGAGAAGCCAAGUUGGUAUUGUGCUGCUCCUAUGAGCCGAUGCUCUGGGACUGUUCUUGGGUGCACGGUGUGGAGAAUAUAGGAUUUAAAUGCUAAUUUGAACAUAUGAACUAUUCUUAAGUUGAUCACUAUUUUUUAGUCAGAGAAUAUGUAACA